AUGAGCGCCAAGUCGAUCAUGUUCUUCAAGAGACGGCAAGAUAACGAGUCAAAUCUCCACAACAACCUUCAAGCCCAAGCACAGGCUCAGGCUCAGGCCCAGGCUCAGGCCCAAGCACAGGCUCAGGCUCAACAACAACAGCAACAGCUGCUGAUGAACCAAAACGUGCAGGCAAUGCAGAAUCGAAUGGGCCAGCCUAUGGGUCAGAAUCCUCAGCAAGGCUUCCAACACCUGCAGUACCCCAUGCAGGCUUCUCAGAUCCCCCAGCAGCCCGGCAUGGGCAUGGGCAUGGGCAACGGUGGUGCACAGCCAGUCGGUCCACAGCAACAAAUGUUCCAGAUGCCAAAUGGUCAAGGACAGCCUCCGAACAUGAUGCAGAACCAGACACCAAACGGAAUGCCACAAGAGCAAGCCAAGAUUGCCGCAGAGUACCGCAGGCUCAUGAUGACGGCCACACCGCAAGCCAAAGAGCAGGCACGAAGCAUUGUCCAGAACAAAUGGCCCGAUCGAUAUGCACUGUGCCAGCAGAAAGGACAAGAUGCUGCCGAGUGGCUCUACUCACAACAGGCUAUGAGCAAUGUCGCCAAAGCAAACGCCGCGCAGCGUGCGCAGGCUGGAGGCAUGCCGCCAAAUGCCAAUGCCGCUGGACAUCCCAUGAUGCAAGCCGGUAGAGGCCAGAUGAACCCAGGCAUGAUGACCCCUGGCGUCGCCCAGCAGGGCGUGGCCACUGGAGGUGACAUUGUUCAAUUCAGUUCAAACAUGGAGAGCAUCAUGAACCAGCAAAAGGCCGGGAUACUUGCUCAAGAGCAGGGUCAGAUGGUCGUUCCUGCCAACACUGGUCCAGCCCGCAACGCCACUCCCCAACCGCACGCAGGCGCUCAAGGACAGCAGGGUCCAAACCAGACGCCACGGCCGCAACAUGCGCAGCAAGCUCAGCAGCAGCAACCACCCUUCAACAUGCAGCAGGCCCAGCAGCAGGCCAUGGCGCAACAGCAGGCCCAGCAGCGAGCCCAGCAGCAGGCUCGUCAGUUGCAAGGUCAGCCGAACGGGCUUGGCGGCGGUAUCCCCCCCUCGCAAAGUCCAGGCAUGAACACCCUCAACACCCCCAUGCGACGACCACCGAGUGCGAUGAAUGCUCCGGACGGGCAGCAGGGACCCCAAGGAAACGGCCCUUUCACGGGCACCCUCGACCCGCGCUUCAAUCAAGGCAAUCAACGACCGACGGCCCCCGGUGCGAACAUGAUGGCGCAUUUCUUGGCAAGCAUGUCAGCGGAACAACGCCAAAAGCUGAUGGGAAUGCCGCAACAGCAGUUGAGUGAGAUUAUGAACAGGUGGCAAGAGCAGCGACAAAAGCAGCAGCUACAGGCCAUGGCGCAAGCUGGCAAGGCCCCUGGUCAGAUGCAGAACCGCCCUGGUCAGCCCGGUCAGUUCAACCAGCAGAAUAGUGUCAAUGGUAUGGGUAUGCCCAACGGCGGUGGGCAACAGACCCCGGGCGGUGGCCCAGGCAGCGCCCAGAUGCUUGCCGCGCAGCAAGCGAUGCUCGCGCGCGUCCGUCAAAACCAGCCCAUCACCCCCCAACAACAGAACGCCAUGGACAGCAUGGAUGUACCGCCGCAGGUGCUCAUGGGCUUUACUAAUCAGUUCCGCCUCAACCCCGAGGUGCGCAAAUGGCGGGAGCUCAAAACAUGGAUGGGGCAGAACCAAGUUCCUCAGCAGACGAUGGAGCAAGUGGAGAAGUACCAGCGUCAGCAAUUUGCAGGCCAUAUGCAGAAGCAAAUGGAACGUAGGACGCUCCAGGCGCAGCAACAGCAGCAACAUCAACAGCAGCAGCAGCAGCAACAGCUGAUGCAGCAGCAGCAACAGCAAUUGCAACAGCAGCCGCAGAUGAUGCAGCAGCCUCAACCCCCUCAGCAACAACCACCCCAGCAGCAGGGCGGUAUGCCACCAGGUGCUGGUCCCAAUCAGGUCAUGCCGCCGAACCAGAGGCCUGGCAUGCCUAAUAUGAUGAACUUUCCUCCAAAUCUGAUGCAUGUUACGCCUGAGCACAUCAAGGAGGUCCGAGACAAGCAGCCCAAGGCGGCGAACUUGCCAGACGAACAUAUUCGGAGAUUCAUCAUUACUCAGCGCCAGCGACAACACCAGGAGAUGGUGUUGCGCCAGCAGCAACAGCAGAAUGCCAUGGUGGCUUCACGCUCGACCCCAGGUAUGCCUGGUCCCGGACCACAGCAGCAGCCCGGCCCGGGUAUGCAGGGACCAGGUGUUCCUGCAACCACGACACAGCCUCAGGUUGUGCAGGCCGCACAGCAACGGCAGCAGAAUGCUGCGGCCGAGUCGAAGGCACCUGCCAGCGCUGCGGCUCGAGCCGCUAAUGCUUCCAACGCAAAUCGAGCUGGCCCGAACAAGACUGCUCAACAGCCAACCCCGUCCCCUGCGGCGGCGCGAAAGAACCUCAAGCGACCCAGCCCUGACGAUACGGCCGAUGCGGCCCCUACGCCCGCCCAACAGCCAACUCAGGCACCCGGUCCCCAGCGCCAGCAGAUGCCGGUGAAGAUGCCACAGUUCACUCCAGAGCAAUUGGCCUCCAUGACACCGGAGCAAAGGGCAAAGCUGGAGCAGCUCAGGAGAGCCCAGUCGCAGUCACAAGAGAACGUCUGGUUUGAGCGUCUCAAGCAGAUCGGACAGGAAGAGCAAAGAAGCGCGGCUCAAGAUGUCAUGGCCGACAUCCCCAUGUCAGCCGAAGAGAGACAGCAGACUCUGUCCAAGCUCCAGUCGACCAUGGUUCAUAUGGGCCGGGUUGGCAAGGUUCUCGGCAAGUGGUUUGCGCACACACGAGAUGAGACGAGAGCUCGCAAGUAUUUCAGUAUGCGACUGCGCCUCAUCAGGCAGUUUGAAGAUGGUGACCAGAUGCAAAGGCCAAAAGACACGUUCAGCCUUCGCCAGUCUGAGCUCGACGACGUGGUGAAGCUGUUGGAGAGUAUGGUCAAGGACAUCAGCAACAAGCGGGCGCCCGCCGGCGCGCCGCCUCAAGGACAGACCGGCGGCAAUCCGCCUGCGCCGUUGAGUGCGGCCAACCUGGAGAAGCAGACGCAAGCUCUGAACAAGAUGCACAAUCGAUCCAACAGUAAGAGCGGCCAGCCGCCAGCCGCACCUACGACGAGCCAGCCGCCGUUCCAGUUCGGUGCCCAAUCGCCACAUGGACAGCCAGCCUACGUGGGCAAGCCCUCGGUUAACCGAGACAAUCUGCAGCUGCCUCCUCGGAAGAAGACCAAGACGGGGGCAGAGCAUCCAACGCCUCCCAACCCGGCGCAGGGCACGCCGUCCCCGCAAAUCAGCAAGACGUCGUCCCCAGAUGCUAAACGGCAACCCGAGGUUAAAGCACCGCCUCCUGCGCCCCCUAAGCCGGCCUUCCUGUGCAGCGAGCCCGACUGUGAAAUGGCUAGCACUGGCUUUCCUUCGGAACAGGCUCGACAGGCGCACAUUCAGGAGGAGCAUGUCAAGCCGCUCGAGGACCCCAUCAAGUUCAUGCAAGAGAACCUUGCUGAUUACCUUGGCCUCGACUCGAACGGGCGGAUCGUCGCUGACGCGCAGGCGGCGGGCGCAAUUCCGAUCAAGCAGGGACUGACGCCAGUCAGUACGGCAGCGACGCCCAUGUCUCGUGACGUCUCGAUGCAGCGGACGGCCAGCAAGGUUGGCGGCAAACUGGCAGUCAAAGGAGCCAAUGCGAAGGCCGGGGCCGACAAGGCGGGCGAAGCUGUUGCAUCUGGCGCUGUGCCCCAGGCGACGAUGGACCCACGGGCCAAUACGGUGGAUCCGUCGACGCUGUUCCAGAAGUUUGGUUCUUUUGAUUUCGGCAUGAACGGGGCCAUGACCAACAUGAAUGUCUACCGGGCGCUGACACCAAACGACACGCCCGAAUCGAGCAAGGACAGCGGGCUGUCGGAGCCCAACAGCGAACUAUCGGAAAACGCUGGCCUCGACAUGGACAUUAACUGGCAGAGCAUGGACGCGGAGCUGCUCAUGGAUAUCGAUAAGAUCAACAUGGACGGGCUUGAAACGCUGCAAGACGGCGGGAUGCAGUUCGACGCGAGCAUGUUUGGCGAGUCAAUCUCGAUUGAACAGUACCCGGACUGGGAUGACGUGCACGUGGACUUCGACAAGCCGGUGCAGCUUGACGCUAGUCUGUACGGGAUGGAUGUGUAG